AUGUACACAUUCCUGUUCAUAGUGUUCGUAAGUGAAUGUUGUUCAGAGAACUCUAAUAUGGAACGAAGUCUGUUCGCCGUUUUCAUCGUCCUCGGUUUGUCGAUUACACUGCCUGAAAGUCACGGAGCAUCGCGACCAAUAAAAAUCGGCGGGAUAUUCCAUGCGGGGGACGAAGAGCACAAGGCUGCGUUUCUAAAGGCUGUGUACGAGGCAAGAUUCGAGCACGUUGCGCCCGCAUUCGAACUGCAGCCGAUCAUAAAAGACGUGGAGGUUAAUACCGACAGCUUCAAGACCGCCGCCGCGGCCUGCGAGCUCCUCGAGGAAGGUGUGGCCGCAAUCUUCGGCCCCUCGAGCUCUUACACACGGGGGAUUGUGGCGAGCACCGCGGCACGUUUCGACGUUCCGCACAUCGAUUAUUUCUGGCGACAGAACGAGGAACUGCAGGCGGAAGGGGAGCCAAACAAUCCAACGCCGAUGACCAUUAACGUGUAUCCCGAUAGCGAUAUGGUCGGCAAGAUGCUCGCAAACGUGGUGGAUUCCAUGAAAUGGAGCUCCUUCGCGGCGAUCUACCAAACCAACGACGGUCUCUCGCGAAUCAAGCAGGCUCUGACGCUCAGACGGAACAAGGACAGUCUGAUCACGAUAAGAAGGCUCGGCGAGGGCUCGGAUUAUCGAUCGAUCCUGAAGGAAAUUCGGGCUCUAUCCAUCUGCAACCUGAUCGUCGACGUUGAGCCGAACAACAUCAUCGAGGUGCUCUAUCAAGCGAAAGAGGUCAAACUGCUGGCGGACUACUGUAAUUUCUUAAUUACUUACCUGGACUCUACCAAGCUGCCUGUGUCGGACGUGCGGAAUGGGACCAUGGCUAACAUUACCGGGCUCAGCGUCAGGGAGAACGAUGUGGACGGGAUUAAUUGGGUGGAAUCAGCUGUCCUCUACGAUUCGGUGUUCCUGUUGUACAACGCGCUAGAGGCGUUAAACGCAAGGAACAAGGACAGUGAGGAGCCUGUAACUAUUGACCCGGUACCGCUCUCUUGUGAAGAUACAGAGAAAUACAGCGCAGGUCCCAACAUUACCAACCUUAUACGCGAGUUGUCCAAGCAAGGUAAAAUGACUGGGCCGAUCACGAUCGACGAGAAUGGUCGCCGUCAGUACUUUAACGUACGCAUAAUUUUUUUUUAGAGCGUACAAAUCGGAUAUUGGGAUCCAGAUGGACUUCAUCCGAUAGGCAGCGAACAGGAACGCGAAAGCUACUUGUACAAAUCCAUCGAGCAAAAGAAGUUCAAGAUUACCACCAAAGUGGGCCCGCCGUACAUAAUGGAAGUCACGGACAGCCCGAGUCGGGGCAUCCUGAUCGAGCAAACCCGGUACGAGGGUUUCUGCAUCGAUCUGAUCGAGGAGAUUGCCAAGCUGUUGAAUUUUAAAUACGAGUUUGAAUUAGUGCCGGACGGGUCCUACGGUACAUACAAUAAGGACACAAAACAGUGGAACGGUCUUAUCAGACGUCUGCUGGAUCGCGACGCCGAUCUCGCGAUUUGCGAUCUAACGAUCACUUACGAGCGUGAGAGCGCGGUCGACUUCACGAUGCCGUUCAUGAAUCUAGGUAUCAGCAUUUUAUUCAGGAAGCCCGAGGCGAAGGAGCCCGAUCUUUUCUCGUUCCUGUCGCCGCUGUCGACCGACGUCUGGAUUUACAUGGCGACUGCUUUCUUAGCAGUUUCGAUAAUGCUUUUCGUGCAAGCUAGAAUGGCUCCAGGCGAAUGGGACAAUCCGCACCCGUGCAAUCCGGAUCCGGAGGAAUUGGAAAACAAUUUCAGCUUGAACAACUCGAUGUGGCUCACCGUCGGUUCCGUCAUGCAACAGGGUUCCGAUAUACUUCCCAAAGCACCGUCGAUUCGAAUGGUGGCUGGCAUGUGGUGGUUCUUCACGUUGAUCAUGGUUUCCUCGUACACAGCCAAUUUGGCUGCGUUUCUGACGGUAGAUAAAAUGGACACUCCUAUCAACGACGUGGAAGAUCUGGCCAAGCAAACGAAAAUCAAGUACGGCUCUAUUGACGGUGGAUCCACGUCUGCUUUCUUCAGGGAUUCAAAUUACUCGACCUAUCAACGUAUGUGGGCGUCGAUGCAAGAGGCGAGACCAAGCGUCUUUACGAAAACUAACGACGAGGGUGUAGAGCGAGUCUUGAAGAAAUACGAUUAUGCGUUCCUCAUGGAGUCCACCACGAUCGAGUACAGGAUGGAGAGGAAGUGCGACCUCGACAAGGUCGGAGGACUCAUCGACAACAAAGGAUACGGAAUCGCUUUACCGCGAAAUUCUCCGUACAGAACUCCCAUAAGUGGUGCAAUACUAGUGUUACAAGAGAAAGGGGUGCUGCAAGAUCUGAAGCAAAAAUGGUGGAAGGAGCGCGGUGGUGGAUUGUGCUCAAAGGCCGAGGCUGAAGCGACGAAUUCCAGUGAAUUAGGGUUGGCGAACGUCGGUGGUGUGUUCCUGGUACUUCUGUUCGGAUGCUGUGGCUCGUUCGUCAUCGCGCUCUUUGAGUUUCUCUGGAAUGUGCGGAAGGUCGCUGUGCAUGAAAAGGUCACUCCAUGGGAGGCGCUGGUAGCGGAAUUCAGAUUCGCCGUGAACAUUUGGGCGGAGACGAAACCCGUUAAAAUCUCGAAAAGCAACGGCACGAGUUCGAUGGGGGAGGACAUCGGCCGGGCGGCGUCCACCGCUCGCUCCAUAGUCGGCUCGUUCCUUCGUCUGGACAUAUUGGACAAAUUCGACAAGGACAACGAUACGAACAAUCGCAGCAAGAUCAAUUAA